GAACAGCAAACUGAUCCCGAGGAAGGAGAUGCCAUCCAUAUCGUGAUCGGAGGGGUCGCUGUCGUGACUGUGGCAGCGGAUCUUUAAACUUAAGUGCAUAUCGCAUCAGGCGCUGAAGUGGCUGGAGUGAUUUAGAAGAUCAUUAUGACAACAGAAACGUUUGUGAAAGAUGUUAAACCUGGCCUGAAGAACCUGAACGUCCUUUUUAUUGUCUUGGAAACAGGCAGAGUAACCAAGACAAAGGAUGGGCAUGAGGUUAGAACCUGUAAAGUGGCUGACAAAACUGGUAGCAUCAACAUCUCUGUUUGGGACGACGUAGGGACCUUAAUCCAACCCGGAGACAUCACCCGACUCACUAAAGGAUAUGCAUCUGUAUUUAAAGGUUGCUUAACUUUAUAUACAGGACGAGGAGGUGAUCUACAGAAGAUUGGAGAGUUUUGUAUGGUUUACUCGGAGGUUCCCAACUUUAGUGAGCCAAACCCUGAAUAUGUGGCCCAGCAAUCCCAAAACAAGAAGGCACAGGCAGAGAACGUGACUGGAUCAGCAAAUCACAGCUCAUCCAACAACCAGACUCCUCCAGCUUCUGAUCUGCCCAAUGGAAAUGGAAAUAAUAGCUCAGGACCUGCCACACACCAGCCUCUGCCGCCUCUCCCUCAUCAGACCAGUGGCCGCAUAACCCGAAGCCAACCCAACCACUCUCUCACUGGUGCCCCCAACCCAGUGAGCAAUGGCAAAGAGACAAGGCGCUCAGGAAAAAGAUAGCAGCAACAAUUUACCUUUACAGUUAAAACCAGCUCUUGAUCAUUUUUACCAGACACAAACAGACUCCACCAUGUUUGUAAGACAGACUUUAGUUGGGUUUUGGUAACGUUAUGCAAGGACUUUAUUGCAUUGCACAGCAUGAAAGACAAAAACAUUUAUGGAAACUUGAAGACUUAACAGCUAUUCUGAAUCACUGUAGACUCUGUCAUAUGUAGAUCAAUGGAAAAUCCGGUAUGCCCAAAGUCAAAAUGAAGGCAGCCGUGAACGAUAACUGUGAA